GUGUCAGUCUCCGUCGCUGUUCUCCCACGGGGCUCAUUUUCCCGUUUACCUUCACAUGUGUUUUUUAAAUACUUUUUUUAAACUGCAGCUGUCAACGACCGAACACCGACCUAACGUACUACCGAACCAUCGCGAGAGUCAGGGGCAGUGUGCGAGAAGAACGGGUCCAGGCAAGGCAUAGCAAUAUUCAUAUUUAGCAACAACAACAACAACCUUUAACGAAGAAUUAUUAUUAUUUCGUUAUGUGAGUAAAAGAUGGAUGAAAUGUGUGCCACCACACAGACACGGAUGAAAACACUGGACUCUGAUGUACAGGAUGUGGCCACGCUUCUCUGGAUGUAUGACAGAUAGUGAAGAAAGGGCAGGUCUAACUAACCCAUCCUUCUCUUCCCAUCCUGCUACUGGCUGUCUGAAUCUGACAUUUUCUUGCUGAAAGUAUUACAAUUAUAAAAAUAAUGUAGCAGAAAGCUUAGCCUUGAAGAUAUUUGACCUCUUUUAACCCUAUCUUGCGUGGGUCCGGUGCAUUUCAAGUCUUCAUUUUAGAUGGGGCUCCUGUGCACGACACUUAAGUUCACACUCAUUUGUAAAUGAUUAGACCAAUGUGCCGUGUUUGCCCCCAGUCAGUGACCCCAGCUGUGCAAUCACUUCAGCUUUCUGUCGUAUGUUUGAAGUGAUUUGAUUGACCAUCAGGAUGAACGGCUCUCUUCUAACCCCGCCCAGCCCGCGGGCGGCAAACUCCUCUCCUCUACCUCCUUCCCCCUCCCCGUCUCCAUCCCCUCCAUCUCCCUCCAUGCUGCCUAUGUCCCCCCGGCCGCCCCCUCUCCCCCCUCUGGUGAGCCCUCCACCACAAGCUCACCCAUCCUCCCUGUCAGACACCCCCACCCCCUCCCCCUCGCCCUGCCUGAGUUGGACCGAAUUCUGUGAGCUCCACGCCCGCGUUGCAGCCGGUGACUUUGCACGGCACUUUCGGGCUUUCCUCCUGGAGAACCCCCACUACUCUCCGGACUCGGCGUCCGCCUUCUGCCGGCGCUUUACCGACCGCUUCGUCCGUCACUUCCAGAGUGAGCUGGAGGGGGCGCUCCCGCCGAGCUGUGCUUCUGGGGGGGACGACAUGGCGAGCUGGGCUCCCCAGUCAGACGCUACUUCCCUGGAAGAGGAAGCAGUCUCCCCUCUGUCGGCGACUGGGGCCGCUGUCCUCCCGUGCCCCCCCACCAACACAAUGCGGGCUUUAUCCAAGCCAGCACCGGCACGACUGGUGUUAGAGAACCGCGGUGGUGACAGGUUCCAAGAUUCCUACGCCCACACCCAAGUCCUGCCUCCAUCCUCAUCAUCGUCAUGCUGCUCCUCAGUGGGAGGCAACAACGGGAGGCGUGAGGAGCGGGGCGCCAUGAUGGCUCCAGGCAACGGGGAAGCUCCAGUGGAGGAAGAGGAGGACAGCUGGUUAGGGGUGGCAUCUGUGGGGGAAGACGUGGAGCCAGAGGAGCAGGAGGCAGAGUUGGCGGAGGUGGAUGGUGCAGACCCCUCCUACACUAUUUCACCUUCCUCGUCCUCUCCCCCGCCCGGUAACAGUACGCCCAACUCCUCCAAAAACAAACUGAAGAAGCGCUUUUCUCUGCGGAGUGUGGGGCGUAGUGUGCGGGGGAGCGUGCGGGGCAUCCUGCACUGGCGAAGCUCCUCCAGCGACUCCGCCCAGAGCCAGCUGCCCUCCAGCUACAGCUACACCAUGGGCGUGCAGGACGCCACGCUGGUGUCAAGCUCAAAGAGGAACUCUGGUACACAGCCUCCUACACCCACCUCCUCCAUGCCCGUUUCCCUCUCCAUGCCCCUCUCCCUUCCCCACUCCUCCUCCUCCUCGCUGCCGCCCUCAUCUUCAAGUAGCGCCACCUCUCUGUCUCUCUCUGAGGCGGCGAGGGAUCGCCGGCGGAGCAACGGCGAGGGAUGCGAGAAGGAAAAGUGGAGCCAUCGUCUUGAGAAGCUCAGGCUGUCACGAUCCCCUCCCCCUCUCCUCACUCCGACCAACGCCGGCCCUCACUCCGGCUCCUCUACGCUGCCACCCAGCAGCGCCGCCGCAGCCGGCAUGGGACCCCCCAGGAAGGUGGGUCGGCUGGUGCGGGAGGGUGGGGUGAGUGUCAGUUCAUCCAAUGACGAGCUAAGCGGAAGCCACGGCUUCUCCGGCUUCUCGUUCGGGCUGCUGCACCACGGUACGGACAACAACAACGCUGCCUCGGGAUCCUCCGCUGCCGCUCAGGGGGGGGUGCAGCCGCUGGCCAGCGGGGGGAACGUCCCCUGGAGAGGAGGACGCUGGCAUAAGUGUCGUCUGGUCCUCAAAGAGAGGGACCGGGAAGGGGGGGAGCGAGGAGAGGAGUACUACCUGGAAUUCUUCAUUCCACCUAAAUCGACGAAGCCCCGGCUGACCGUCCCCUGCUGCUCCAUGGUGGAUGUGAGGAGCACCACGGCGCUGGAGGUCCCCGACAAGGAGAACACCUUCCUGCUGCAGCUGGAGGGCACGGCGCAGUACGUGAUUGAGACUCGCGACGCUGUGCAGAUGAGAGCCUGGCUCAGUGACAUCAGGAACGGCAUCUGUCUCAGUGAACAGGAGGAUGCCGAAGGUGUGAGUGUUGGGCCGCUGGACAUCAGUGGGAUGCCUGAUAUUGCCGACCGUCUCUCACAAGUUUGUUAUGGAGGAAUAGGAGGCUCCUCACCUCUGAUGGACCCUCUCCCCCCGGAGCUGCCCCCCCGAGCACCUCUCGACGAACCAGACAGCCGGAUUCUUAGCGGGAACAGCCUGGGCACACCCUUCGCUGAGACGCCAGACGCCACAGGCUCCUUCCUGUUCUCGGAUGUGAUCGCUGCGGAGGCGGUGGAGCACCCGCUCAGCGAGUGUCAGUGGUUCCACGGCACAUUGUCCCGCCUCAAAGCGGCUCAGCUGGUGUUGGCGGGAGGACCGGCGAGCCACGGUGUGUUCCUGGUGCGGCAGAGCGAGACGCGGCGCGGAGAGUACGUCCUCACCUUUAACUUCCAGGGCAAAGCCAAGCACCUGCGUCUGUCCCUGAACGAGGACGGUCAGUGCCGUGUGCAGCACCUCUGGUUCCAGUCCAUCUUCGACAUGUUGGAGCACUUCCGUGUGCACCCCAUCCCCCUGGAGUCCGGCGGAGCCUCGGACGUCACACUCAUCAGCUUCGUAGGGGCCACCGCUGUUCGCCAGCCAGACUUGACCAGCAGACCCCGUAGCCCCCCGCUGCCUCCUCCUCUGCCCCCAGGCCGCCCGCCACCCCCGACUCCCCCUCAGGAGAGAGCUGACGAGGCGGAGCCAAUGGCGGCGGGAGGAAGUGCAGCAGGAGGAGGAGGAGGAGUAGGAGGAGGAGGGGGGGCGCCGGCCGUGGCGACGACAGCAGGAGGAAGUGGCGGCGGAAGUGGAGUCAGCGGAAGUGGGGGAGGAGUGGAGGACUGGGAGGAGCGGGACACUCCUCUCCGCCAGCUGGAAGCCGGGGAGGGGGAGGAGCGCGACGGAGCGAGGGCGCCCCGAGCCGUCGACAACCAGUACUCCUUCUUCUGAUGAAGGGAAGAGCAAGAGCGGGAGGAGGAGGAGUGUGUAUGUGCGUUUGUGUUUGUGUGUGAGCGAGCGUGAGAUUGGAUGAGGCGGCGUAAAUCAUAGCCAUUCAUAACCAGUAUUUUUAUUUUGUUAGCAAGGUUGGAGGCGAAACGGAGGAGAAGGAGAAGGAGGUAAAAGUACUAACACUAAACGAGAGAGAGAGGAGACAAAGCAGAUGGGAGAGACAGGCGGAAGCAGCUUUACGACACUAACUAGCGGUACACUUGUUUUUAUUUUUUUGUAGUCUAAUAAGCUUUGAUUUUUGCUGGUACGAAUCGCAGCGGGCUCUCUCUCGCUGUGGAGCCAGCAGACCUGAUACCUCACGUCGGUCCUGCCAAGUCAAACCAGAGGCCAAACACACACUCAUACACAUCUGCACUGUGACAGGUAGACCCAAAACUCUACUUACUGGUACACAGCAGGCUCCUUUUAAAGAUUAUACAGAUUUAAAGCUUCUGAAUGUAGCGUCUUUGGUAUUUUUCAAUCCGGACUCUGUGGUCACAUGUUUUUGCGACUGAUGGAGGCAACAGUCAUGACAUUAGUUGACUUUUGAGCGUUAUGGGUAGAGCUGCAAGGGUUAAUCUAUCAGUCAAAUAUUAAAUGAAUCGUCAACUGUUGUGAUAAUCGAUUUGUCAGUUUGAGAAGGAGAAAAAAGUCCAAAUGUUAUGAUUCCAUCUUCCUAAAUUUAAAUACCUUUUUGUUUCUUUGCUCCAAUAAAGACUGUAACUGAAUAUCCUUGAGUUGUGGACAAAACGAGACAUUUAUCAUCUUUCACUAUUUUCACCUAAUCGUCAACUUAAUCGACAAAGAUGAUUAGUGUUAGUUGCAGUCCUACUGCAUUAUCCUAUCAGGCGAUUCUGCACCAUCAAUGUCUACCACUUAAAGUUUGAGUUGACACUGACUCAGGCUCAGGUUGUUAUUUUAAACAUCUGACAACAAUAUAGAAGCAGUCUGUAGAGUAAUAUGUCUUUCUUUACAUUUCCCCCUUGAUGCACUCUGUUGUGUCUAACAAAGUCUCACUCAAGGAGGGGUCACUUUCUGAAAUCUCAUGUUGCAUCCAGCUAAGUAUUUCUUAGAUUACACUCUAUUUCUACAAGUCACAGGACACAAUAACGUGAUAACUGUAAAGGUAAAGAAAGACACUUUCCUCCGUAGGAUACUUUCCAUAAUGUUGUCAGAAACGUAUAACAAUCUGAGCCAACUUUUUCAAAACUAAAUUAUUUUCAUUGUGGAUUAAACUGUAGAUUAUAAUGUUUAAUCAAUUGUUUCGACUGUCAGAAAAAUGGGGAAAAUGUCGAUCAAAUGUCUCGUUUUGUCCACAACUCAAACAUUUUCCAUUUACUUUCAUAGAGAAACUAGAAUAUAUUUAUAUUUACAAAACUGGAAUCAGAGAAUUUAAAAGUUUUUUUUAUUACCAAAAAAUUAUUCAGACCGAUUAAUCGAUUAUGGAAAUACUUUGAAUAGUUAACAAAUAAUGCAUUAAUCUCUGCAGCCCAAAUACUGAAGCGCUGAAUACUGGACUAAUUUCAAAAAUGGUUGUCACAAUUGUAUUCUGUAAAAUUGGAAAAAUAAAGAAGUUAAAGGUGGGGUAGGUAAGUUUGAGAAACCGGCUCGAGAUACACUUGUUGUUAUAUUCCAUGGAAUGCUCUUAACAUCCCGAUAGCAAUGAAUAUCUUAAGUGCUUUGACAAAAAAUCCAUACAAAAACAUCAUCUGUGGAAGCCGUGGUUCUGUAAAAAGCACGACCAAUCAUCUGAGCCGGCCCAGCUAAAGUAACUGGAUGGCCUACCUGCCUGUCAGCCUUCCAUCUGUGCACAAACUUAUCUCGUGCCCUCAUUGGUCAUGUGCGCGUUCGUGUGUUGGAGGAGGGGCUCUGUGAGGAAGUGGCAGAUUUUCUCCGGUUGUGUAUUUUCAAAUUCUAGCGCACUCGAGCUGGUUUCUCCAAAAUGACAUACCCCACCUUUAACUUUUAAAGAAAUAUAUUAGCAUGAACACUUGGUACGCUCAUGGCUGAUUGGAAUAGCUACAAGAUCAAACCAAUGUGAAAUCUUAAUAAAUAAUAUAAUAUAUAAUUGAAUGUAUUGUAAUAUUAAUAAUAACACUAAUGGUGGUUUCAAUAUGUUUCCAUAUAUCAAGCAAAGAACAUUUCCUUGGUUCAAGCUAACAUUUGACAGCUUGCUUGUUUUAUUUUUUCAUUAUGGUACAUUUAAUUACAUAUAUUUGUUCAAUAAAAAAAGAGAAUAAGUUAGUAUAUGACUAGUAGUUUAUAUACUACACACUUUAACAAUUGUAUAAUAAAAACAAGCUAGUCACUUUUCAAAACCAGGGGGAAUUGUUGGUAGCAUCCAUUUUGCCCAUUUUUGUCUAUAUUAGUGAAACAAAAAGAAUGAGCAGAAAAAAAAAUAUAUACAUAUAGAAGUUCAUCAAACAACAUAUCUGUAUGGUGGCUUAUUAGGGCCAUUGUACCAUAAAUAAAAAAAUGGGGAGAGGGGUUCAAUAUUCAGAGAAAAAACUCAUAGAUUAAAUUCCAAAAUGUACGAGAGAAAUAACUUUGAUAUUACCAGAGAUAAAUGUUGUCAAUUUAUGAGAAAACAAAACAAAUUUGUUCCUGAGAAAAGACAAUGUACCAUUUUAAUCUCCCCAAAAUAUUUUUUUUCUCAGAUAUGUUUUACAAAGAAUAUUCACGUAUUGUAGUUUAACCACUUUAAUUUGUAUUGAUAUUUUAUUGAAUAUUUCCCAGUUUUUUUCCUCUGAAUAUUACGCCCCUCGCCCUGCACUGUAUUCAUUAUUUUAGCGGUGGCCCUGAUACGCCACCUCACACAAGGCGUCCUGAAAUGGAAAAAUGUUCAAUGGAGUUUGGCGUUACACAGCAGAGUAAUGUAAUGUUUUGGGUCUAAGUGGCACAUAAACGGGAGCAGGCAGGACACCUUUACCUCAGUCACACUCAGCUGCUCAGUUAAUGUCUCUCUCUCUUUCUCUCUCUCGCUUUUCUCUCUGACGCUAAAGAGAAACUAUUGAUAAUACCAAUAACAAUAAUUAUUGAUGGAAAUAAUAAUAAUGAUGAUAAUAAUAACGGUCCGAAUAAUAGUAUUAAUUGUAUUUGUUUUUAAGACACCUUUUUAUUUUUAUUUUGUAUGCUUACUCCGUGUAACACUUGUUCCGACUCCAUCUUGUAAUUGAGACUGUGUUUGUGCCUUUUUUUAAUUUUUGGGAUAAAAAGAAGGAAAAAAGUAUAUAUAAGAUUUGCUAUGAAUUCCUCAUUCUCAAGGCUACUCUCUUUUCAUGCUGUCCUCUCCUCCUCAACCUCAUUCUCUAUUCAUCAAGGGUAAAGAAAAAAAAAUACAAUUAGAAGAAACAUUUCAAUGAGAAUACCUACUUUUUCUACUUGUGCCUUUCUGUGUCUGUCGUCAUCGGCCUGCGUUCGUGUCGCUCUGUCUUCAUCGUUCAGUUUAGAGCUUUGCCCGUUUCUUUAUCCACCACAUAAACCACCCAGUCAUUUCUACCGGUCUUUUUUUUUUUGCUCAUGUAUUUGUCUAUGCACCUUUACCCCUCCCCGUGCCCUCCCCUUCCCCACCUUAAUCAUCAUGUUUAGUGUCCUUUUCUCAGUUUCAAAACUCUUUGUGCCUUUCUCUGUCUCUUUUCUCUCUUUGCUGGGACCGUGUGUUGAGGGCGGGCAGCGUCGUCUGUCCUCCCUGUGUGGUUAGUUUCAGGUACUACAUUGAAUUUAAUGACAUAAUAUAAAUAUAGUGAAACAUA